AUGGCUAUUGAAUCAGCGUCAGCAACACCCCAGAAACAUCGCACCAUGUUCCAGUGGGGUGGAACCGUCGCCGCCAUAACUCUGUUAAUUGUUAACGGAACGGGGAGAAGGUCGUCAAAGCACACUUCACUUCUUGUCAUAUAUCUUUUCAUAUGUUUCCCAACAGCGCUCUUCAAGAUUCUCCGUGGGCAAUUUGGACGUUGGGUAGCCUUUCUUGCAGUUGCAGCUAACCUCUUCUUCCCUCGAGAUUUUCACGCGUCUCGGUUUCCAUUAUUUGUCAUCAUACCCGACUGGUUGGCCGUUGAACUGCGUGAUAGUACCACUGUUGGUGGGAAAGCAAUUGGAAAGUCGCAACUCGUCUUCUCACUUUUCUCUUCAACUGCAGCUGCCUCCCUUAAUAGACUCUUCACGAGCAUUUGUGUAGUGGCAGAUUCGGGCAUUAAUCUUGAGUUCUUCAUAUCCUCAAAAAAGCUUCAAUGCCAAGAGCAGCUCUUUCGCACUUGCAAUAAGCCCGGAUGA